AUGGGCGCCUCCCUUUGCAAAACAAAAAAGAAAAAGCAAGUCGGCUCAUCGUGGGUGGGAAACGAAAACGAGAAUCCCUUUGAUUUGGGACUGAAUAAAAGGGAAAGAGUUUGUCUACGAGAAACAUAUAUGAGACUACACGAUCCGAAAGAGAUCGUCGGCAUGAUUUUUGCCGAUAUCGUCUUCGAUUUGGAACCUGAUUUGAAAAAGGUUUUCGGUGUCGAGCGAGCGCCGAAAGCGACAAUGUCGAAAAUGCCGAAAUUCGGCGGUCACAUCGCGCGUUUCACCGAACUCCUCGAUCAGUUAACAUCGAUGCUUGGCUUCACAGAUAAUGUGGCUGGAGCGUGGCAAUUGGUUCGGAAAACUGGCAGAAGUCAUGUGAGGCAAACAUUUCUCGAGCAAAAUCAGAAUCAAUUGGGGAAAAAUUAUUUCCAACUUGUGAUCGACAAUUUCAUCACCGAAUUCAUCCCAUAUGUAACUGGAGAUAAGGAAGAACCGAUGCCCGAAAAUGACAAGAAGAAAGUACGAUUUGCUCAGAAUUACACAACAGGCUAUAUCAAUGAUGUUUGGCAGAGAUUUUUCAACAUUCUCCUUUCGCAAAUGGUCGACUCAUUCGAAAUGGAGCGAACAAAACAAAGAAAUGCACAAUCGCAAAAAGCGCUCGCCCCGCAUCAACAUGUGGAACAAAGUGAAAGGAAAAAGAGGAAAAUACAGGAGAAAGCGAGCGAAAUCGAGAAUACGGCCGGCUCGAAUGAGCCAAGGGAACCCGAGCAAAUGUUUGAGGAUCCUUUC